CAUAUAAACGUGUGUAUUAUUUAGUACUAUUCACUGACUAUAGCUAUCUACUGAAUUAUACUUUAGAUGGACAACACACCUGUGAAAAAACGUAGGCGACUUACUGACACAAGUCCUAGCCGGACUCCAUCUGUGACAGCCAGAAAGGGUUUGGCCUUUACGUCCCCUGGAAGGAGCCACGCGGGAAAGAGCCCUUCUCAAGCAGCUGCUCGUCGCCUGGUUAAGAAGUCGAUUGUCGUCCUAUCACCAAGGGCUUCUAGAAGUGCAGCGCACAGGCUGUUGUCUCCCAAGGAGAAGGACAUCAAGCACCGAUGUGGGGCCUGGUCAGAGAAGGAGACCAGAGCUCUUGUCGAGUUUGUUUCAAUGCAGACAGAGCUCUGGGACCCUGACCUGUCCAAUAACGACUGGCCGCAGAUCCAGGACAUGGAUUUCUGGAUGAAAGCUGCGGAGUAUGUGUCAACAGAAGCUGACACAUCUUUUAUCAGAUCAGAUUCCCCUCGGGCGGAGGCAGCUGUAAGGCCCGAGGCGAGCCGACCAUCGUGCGGUGCAUGCGGUUCGGGGCCUGGCACGUGUGUGAUAUCCCGGGAAUCUCACAGCCCGGUGUUCGACGACGGCAGCGGGUCGUUCCCGUGGCACCGUACGGCGGCUGGAGGCAUGGCGGAGCGGGGACGGACGGCAGGCGACCCGCCCGGCUCCCCUUCUCGCCGCUGGGAGGGUUCCUCUGUGCAGGUGUUGGACCCCGCCGAUAGAGCCGUCAUCUGGAUAGCAGAUGAGCAAGAUCAAGUGCAGAAGAAAACUUUUACAAAAUGGGUGAACAAGCACCUCACCAAGAUCAUAGAGACACUCCGGGAGCCACGUGGUGUGCCGAGUGCCGCCCGUGCGGAGGAGAAGAUUUCGGACAUUAUCGUGCCUGGCCAACCGGAGGAUGUGCUGUUGAUGUGGUCCCAGCGAACCCUGGAAGGUUAUCCGGGCGUCUCUGUCACAAACUUCAGCAAGAGCUGGAGAGAUGGGCUAGCUUUCAGUGCAAUCAUCCAUAGACAUAGACCUGAUUUGAUAGAUUACAAGUCCCUUAAGAAGAAAAGCAACAAGCAGAAUCUAGAGAAUGCCUUCACCCUUGCAGAGAAAGAGUUUGGAGUCACGAGGCUUUUAGAUCCUGAAGAUGUAGAUGUGCCAUCCCCCGAUGAGAAGUCCAUCAUCACCUACGUGUCUUCUCUGUACGAUGUCUUCUCCGAGGUGCCUGACAUUGAGCAGUCCCUACAGGACAAUGAACAGGCCUUACAGUUCCAGGAUUACAACGACUGUGCCAGCAGCCUGUUAAUAUGGUUACGGAACACCACCGCUAAGAUGGAGGAUAGAAACUUUCCCAAGAUGCCUGACAGACUCAAGACACAGCUUGCUGAGCUGAACAGACUACGAAUAGAAGUCCUGCCAGCAAAGGCUGGGGAGAAAGAGCAACUGUCAGGGCUGCAUGACUACCUAGAGAAUAUCUCCAUUGCCAGCCGUAAGUUUGAGGUUCCGGAAGACUUGAGCACAGAGAAGAUUCAGCAUGCCUGGGACUGCCUGAACCUGGCCAUACAGGACAGGGAAAAGGACUUGUUGCAAGAAAUAGAAAAGUUUGAGAGAUUACGAGGGGUUGCAGAAAAGGUCCAGAAGGAAAGCAAGCGGUGUGAGAACAUACUGAACACUGCAGAGGGCAAGCUAAGAGAGGUUGACAGCAGCCAGCUGAGCCCUGCAGAUGCCAAACAGGUGUUUGCAGAGGUGGAGCAGCAGCUUCAGACAUGUGAAGGCUGCAUCAAGGAGAUGUUCACCGACGUACAGACUCUGAGGGAAGGAGGCUACCCACAGGCAGACCCACUCCAGAAGAAGGUGUUCCUACUGCAUGAGAGGUGGGUCCACCUGAAGAACUCCCUGCAGACCAGCAGCCAGGCCAGGAGAUUUGGGGAGGUGCCGGCACAGCUCAGGUCACCCACAGGCAUGAGUCUGUCUGAGGUGGGGGAGGAGGGCAGACUGCUACAGGAGUGUCUGAGCUGGGUACAGAACAAACAGUCGAUUCUCGAAAGUGGCGAGUACGGCAGUGACCUCCCCAGUGUACAAAGACUUCUAGAAGAACACAGAGAACAGCACAGAGUCAUCACUGAGUUCAAGGCCAAGGUCGACCAGUGCAUAGCUAACAAGUCCAAGCUCAUGGGACCCAAGUAUCAUGUAUACUGUGAACAGCUUGCCAAGCUUGAAGAGGCUUAUCCCAAACUCAUGGACAUGUCUCAGAAGCGGCUGCAGUACCUGGAGUCUCUGCUAGAGUUCAUCCGCCUGGCGACCCUGGAGCUGAUGUGGCUGAACGAGCGGGAGGAGUUGGAGCUGGCGCGGGAAUGGGACGACAAACCGGUCAACAUCACCGAGCUCGACCAGCACUACGAG